AUGGAAAGCAUGACCGACUUUGACAAGCUGCCACUCGCUGUGGAGCUCGACUUUGACGAGGCGACUGACCUCAUUGACUUGACGCUGUACGAGCACAUCAGACCCCCUUCGCUCGUCCACUCGAGCGGAUCGAGCUCUUCCGACUCCGGCACAAGCUCCACUGAUAUCCUGCAAAGCGAUGACGAGAUUCUCGGCCCGGACAACGUGGUCCCCCUGAAGCUGCAAUACGCCUACAAGCCGCAGUAUGGCUUUGCACCCCUUCACGAAGUCACAGAGGGACGCAACGAACGCAUCAAGCAACACUACUGGCGUCUUUGGGGUCUCGACACGCCCUCUACGGCUGCUCAGACAGGUGCGACGGAUCAGGACGGUGGAAUGCGCCAAGGCUUCAGCAGUCUGUCUGUUGAUGCCGAAUUCAUCGGUGACGACGUCUACAUUGACCAUCAAGACGUGCAACGCUUCUGCCGAGUCGUCGGCAAUGCCCAGCAAGCCUACAGAGCCGAUGCAUCCGCAUCACUCGAUGCCAAGGGCAAAUCCCGAGAGAUUGGCUUGCCUGUCCCUAUGGAUUUUGCGAUGAAGCUUGGUUGGAAAAGUCUCAUGACGGCAAUUUUCCCCCAGGCCAUCGAUGGCGAUCUCCUCCGUCUCGUCCAUCUCAGCAACGCGUUCAGCUACCUGUCAGACACGAUCGUCCUCAGAACUGGCGAUACUGUCAACUCGAGCUCGCGCAUCAGCAAGGUCGUCAACUCGGACUCGGGCAAGGUCGUCACCGUCACCGGUACGAUCUUCCUCAAGUCAUCGCCUUCUGGCACACUAGACGAUCAUACCGGCAGCGUACCCGUCGUCGAAGUCGAAUCGAGCUUCCUCUACCGUGGCAACUUUGACGACUUUGCAGGCACGUUCGAAUCACGCAAGGAGACGAACUAUGCUCUCACGUUCAAGUCCGCACAAGAUGUCGCAGUGCUCAAAUCCAAAGAGUGGUUCGAGUGGCUCGACGACAGCGUUCUGCUGACCAUCAACGAUACGCUCACGUUCGAGGUAGAGUCUGAUAUCCGCUUCAAGACCAAGGCAAGCUUUGCGUCUCUCGAUGUCACCGGUUUCGCCACGGCUCUUAAGCAAGUCUCCGAUGGUCGCUCAGAGACUGUCAAAGUAGCCGAGAUCAACUAUGUCAGUGCAGGCACGACCAAAGGCAAUCCCGUGCUUGAAUACCUCAAGCGACACGGCCAAGCUCUGCAUCAGCCCGUCCCACUCGUCGCCCCUUACGCUCUUGCCGGGCCUACUUCCGAGGAAAAGGGUGUCGACAAUGUCUUCAAGACGCCCGCCAGCAAUCAAGCGUACAGCGACGUCUCCGGCGAUGUCAACCCUAUACAUGUCAAUCCUUACUUCUCAGAUCUUGCCCAACUGCCUGCACCCAUCACGCACGGCAUGGCAACUUCCGCCAUGACGAGGCGCUUUGUCGAGACGAUUGCAGCAGAGAAUCAGUCCGAGCGUGUCAGAUCUUUCCAGGCAAGCUUCACGGGCAUGGUUCUGCCUUCCUCGAAACUGCGCGUCGACCUCAAGCACGUCGCACAGCAGAAUGGCAAUAAAAUCAUCAGUGUUGCUACAGUCGACACAGAGACCGAGCAGCCUGUUCUCGUCGGUCAAGCUUCGGUUGCACAAGCUCGCACUUGCUACGUCUUCACCGGCCAAGGCUCUCAAGAGCAGAACAUGGGCAUGGAUCUUUACGCCUCCAGCCCUGUAGCUCGAGCGGUCUGGGACGCAGCAGACACCCAUCUCGGAGACGUUUAUGGCUUUUCGAUCAUCGACAUUGUCAAGAACAACCCCAAAGAGCUCACUGUUCACUUUGGUGGUCUGAAGGGUCAUCAGAUCCGUCAGAGAUACAUGGAAAUGACAUAUCACUCGACUGACAAGUCUGGCCAAGUCCAAGUCCUGCCGCUCUUUGCGGACAUCGAUUUGCGAACCUCGCGCUACGUCUUCAGCUCGCCGACCGGCCUGCUCUCCGCUACUCAAUUCACUCAGGUGGCACUCGUUGUCACUGAAAAGGCUUACUUCGAAGACUUGCGAGCAAAGGGCCUUGUCCAGCCCGACUGUCCCUUCGCUGGUCACUCUCUGGGAGAAUACUCGGCGUUGGCUUCGAUCGCCAACGCUUUACCUAUCCAUGCGCUCGUCGAUGUCGUCUUCUACCGUGGCAUUACCAUGCAACGUGCCGUCGAGCGUGAUCAUCUCAAUCGCUCUCAGUAUGGCAUGAUGGCCGUCAAUCCAUCUCGUGUCGGCCCUACCUUCACCGAUCCUGCUUUGCGCGAGGUCGUCACGAGUGUAGCCGAAAAGACAGGGCGACUCGUUGAGAUAGUCAAUCUGAACGUCGAAGGCCAACAAUCAGUCGUUGCGGGCGAGCUUGUCGCCCUGCAUACCUUGACCAACGUUCUCAAUCUGCUCAAGAUGCAAAAGAUCGAUAUUUGGAAGCUGAUGGAACAGAUGUCGCUCGAGGACGUUCGAGAGAAGCUGGGCGAGAUCGUGCAAGAGUGCUGGACUGUGUCGCUCGAGAAGCAAGAGAAGGAAGGCUAUAUUCACCUGCAGCGCGGCUUCGCUACGAUCCCCUUGCCAGGCAUUGAUGUGCCAUUUCACUCCCGCUAUCUGUGGGCAGGCGUCAUGCCUUUCCGCACUUAUCUCUCGAAGAAGCUCAAAAUCGAAGACCUCAAGCUCGACUUGCUUGUCGGCCGCUAUAUUCCCAAUCUCGUUGCCACGCCUUUCGAGGUCACGAAGGAGUACGCCGAGAGAAUCCACACGCAGACAGCUUCGCCACCUCUUGAGAAGAUCCUCAAGAACUGGGAGAAGGAAAGCUGGGGAUCAGACGAGAAGAAACCGAUGCUGGGUUACACAAUUCUCGUCGAAUUGCUUGCAUAUCAGUUCGCGUCGCCCGUCAGGUGGAUCGAGACGCAAGAUCUGCUUUUCCAGAAGUUCAAGUUUGAGAGACUCGUCGAAAUCGGCCCAGGCCCAACACUCACUGGCAUGGCCUCUCGAACGCUCAAGCUUAAGUACGAGGCACAAGAUGCUGCAAAUGGUCUGAAGCGACACAUUCUGAGCAUCGCCAAGAACCAGAAAGAGAUCUACUACAGCUUCGAAGACGAGCCGGAAGUCGCGGAGGCCGCACCAACGCCGACAUCUGCACCCGUUGUAGCUGUGCCAGCUGCUGCCGCGCCAGUGGCUGCCGCGCCCGCCGCAAGCACAGCAGCGGCAGCCGAGAUUCCGGAUCAGCCGCUGAAGGCUGUCGAAACCCUGCGUGCCAUCAUCGCUCAGAAGCUCAAGAAGCCGAUCGGUGAGGUGCCUCUUUCAAAAGCGAUCAAAGAUCUGGUUGGCGGUAAGAGUACACUUCAGAAUGAGAUCCUCGGUGAUCUCCAGGGCGAAUUCUCAUCUGCGCCUGAAAAAGGCGAAGAGCUGCCACUCGAAGAACUCGGCGCUGCACUGGGCGUCGGCUACGGCGGUAGUCUUGGCAAGCAUACUAGCGGUCUGGUCUCGCGCAUGGUUAGCUCGAAACUACCAGGCGGCUUCGGUAUCUCAAAUACGCGCGGUCAUCUGGCAAAACAAUGGGGACUCGGACCCGGACGCACAGAUGGCGCACUACUCGUCGGCAUCACAAUGGAGCCAGCCAAGCGACUUGGCUCGGAAGCUGAAGCCAAGGCUUGGCUCGAUUCUGUCGCGCAGGCAUACGCACAACAGGCAGGCAUUUCGCUCUCUGCUCCGGGUGCAUCUGCUGGUGGCGGAGGAGGUAGCGGAGGUGCUGUCGUCGAUUCGGAAGCGCUCAAGCAGCUCCAGGCCAGUCAAGACGAGUUUGUGUCCCGUCAAGUGGAGGUGCUGCUUCGUUACCUGAAGCGCGACUCGCGCGACGGUCACCGUCUCAACGACAUCUCGACCCGCGAGGCCCUCGCCCUGCAAAGCCAGCUCGAUGCCAUCAGUCGAGAACACGGAGACUUCUACAUCUCGGGCAUUCAACCGACUUUCAAUCCGCUCAAGGCUCGUCAUUUCAAUUCGGCGUUCAAUUGGGUGCGUCAAGAUGCGCUGUCGAUGUUCUUCGACGUCAUCUACGGACGUCUGACCACCGUCGAUCGCGACGUGACUCGUCGAUGUCUGAUAAUCAUGAAUCGAGCUGAUCGUCCGCUCAUCGAAUACUUCAAGUAUCACCUCGACCGCGUAGAUGUCACCAAAGGCGAGACCUAUCAAAUGGUCAAAGAAUUCGGCACGUUGCUGUUGCAGAAUUGCGAGGAAGUCAUAGGCACGCCACCGGUCUACAAGGAUGUCACCUUCCCGACCGCGCCUCGCACGACAAUCGACGAACGCGGCAACAUCGUUUACGAAGAGGUGCCUCGACCACGUGUAUCUCGCCUGGAGAAGUAUGUCGCAGAGAUGGCUGCCGGCACUAGCGCUCAACCUCAAGUUGAUCUCGAAAAGGUCCACGAGACGCUAUCGAGUUUGUAUCGUCUGGUCAAAAGCAACACGAGCGUGUCAAAGGCCCAUCUUUCGGCAGUAAAGCAGCUCUACGGUGAAGUCGUGAAGACAUUAGGCGAGUCCAAGAAGGCCGUCACGCGACCCACUGGCUCCGCACGAGCUCGUCGCAAUUCCAACUCCUUCUUGCGUCCCGAGAAGGUGAAUGAACCUGUCAAGAUCAGCUCGAGCGCGAAGCCACUACUCUUCCUAAAUCGUAAAGUGGGCAAUACAUGGCAAUACUCCGAACGUCUCACGAGUCUGUACCUUGACAUUCUUAAAGAGAUUGCGACCGCAGGAACCACAUUCGAGCACAAGACUGCGCUUCUGACUGGUGUCGGGCGCGACUCUAUCGGCGUGGAAGUUGUCAAGGGCCUGCUUAGCGGUGGUGCACGCGUGAUCGUCACGACGAGCAGUUACCGCCGCGAGACUGUCGAAUAUUAUCAGUCGAUCUACCAAGAAGUUGGCAGUCGAGGGUCAUCUCUGACAGUCGUCCCCUUCAACGGCGGAUCGAAGCAGGAUGUCGAGGCUCUUGUCGAAUACAUCUACACCGACAUGGCAAUCGAUCUAGAUUACGUUCUACCCUUCGCUGCUCUCUCCGAGAACGGUCGCGAGAUUGACGGCAUUGACGAUCGCUCCGAGCUUGCCCAUCGGCUUAUGAUGACCAAUCUCGUGCGCUUACUCGGCGCCAUCAAGGCCAAGAAGGCCAGCCGUCGCUUCAUUACUCGUCCCACCGAAGUCGUGCUGCCACUAUCGCCGAAUCAUGGUCUCUUUGGUGGUGAUGGCCUCUACAGCGAAUCCAAAAUCGCUCUCGAGACACUUUUCAAUCGCUGGUCGUCAGAGUCAUGGGGCACAUAUCUGUGCAUCGCCGGCGCCGUCAUUGGCUGGACGCGAGGCACGGGUCUCAUGGCACCGACAAAUAUGAUCAGCGAGGAGAUCGAAAAACAUGGCUGUAGAACAUUCAGUGCUAAGGAAAUGGCCUUCAACAUUCUCGGCCUGAUGCAUCCGCUCGUCAUGGACAUUACCCAGGUCGAACCAAUUUGGGCAGACUUUGGCGGCGGUAUGAGCGCUCUCAAUGAUCUGCACAUUCUUACAACAAGGAUCCGUAACAGCAUCAAGUCUGAAGCUGAUACUCGCCGAGCGGUAUCGAUCGACAACUCCUUCGACUUCAAGAUCAUCAAUGGCGUCGAAGCAGAAUCGAUGCAUAAGCGCGUCAAUAUCCAGCCUCGGGCACACUUCCAGCUACCGUUUCCUGAGCUCAAGCCGACAUUCGAUGGCAAUUCUCUCUCUGAGCUGCGCGGAGUCAUCGAUCUCGACAAGGUCAUUGUCUGCACGGGCUUCGGCGAGGUCGGACCAUUUGGCGGCAGUCGAACCCGUUGGGAGUCCGAAGUCAAUCGCUUCUUCUCCAUUGAAGGCCUGCUCGAGCUGGCUUUCGUCAUGGGCCUUAUCACUCAUUUCGAUGGCAAGCUCAAGUCAGGCCAGUCAUACGUUGGAUGGGUGGACACGAAGACUCAAGAGCCGAUCGAUGACAAAGAUGUGCGUGCCGCAUACGAAAAGCACAUCAUCGAGCACACUGGUAUUCGCAUGAUCGAGCCAGAACUGUUCAAGGGAUAUGAUCCUAAACGUAAGGGCUUCACGCAAGAAAUCGAGCUCAAUCACGACCUGGAACCUAUCGAGACCUCGCCCGAAGAUGCCGAAAAGUUCGUUCUUGAGCAUGGUGCUCAGUUUGUCGACAGCUGGACAGAAGGCGAUCGCUGCUUCGUCAAAUUCAAAAAGGGCGCGAAGCUAUUCGUACCAAAGGCCUUACGCUUCGACCGUCUCGUUGCCGGUCAAAUCCCGACUGGAUGGGACGCGACAGUCUUUGGCAUUCCAGCGGACAUCAUCUCGCAGGUCGAUCGCACUGCACUUUGGGCCCUUGUCAGUGUUGCCGAAGCGCUUCUCAGCUCUGGCAUUACCGAUCCUUACGAGCUAUACAAGUAUGUCCAUCCGUCCGAGGUUGGCUCAUCGCUUGGCUCUGGUAUGGGCGGAAUGCAGUCGCUGUCAAGCAUGUUCCGCGAACGACGCGAAGAGCGCGAUGUACAGAAGGACAUCUUGCAAGAGACCUUCAUUAAUACCGUCGCUGGCUGGGUCAAUCUGCUUCUCCUCAGCUCGAGCGGUCCUAUCAAGAUUCCCGUCGGCGCCUGCGCAACUGCUCUGCAGUCAGUCGAAAUCGCUUGCGAUACGAUCCUGUCGGGCAAGGCGAAGGUGAUGAUCGCGGGUGGUUACGAUGACUUCUCGGAGGAAGGCAGCUAUGAAUUCGCCAACAUGCAAGCUACAAGCAACACAGAAACCGAGCUCGCGAGCGGCCGAGAGCCCAACGAGAUGUCACGUCCAAUGACGAGCACUCGAUCGGGAUUCAUGGAAUCGCAAGGCUGCGGCGUUCAGAUCCUCAUGUCCGCUUCGACAGCCAUCAAGAUGGGCGCUACAAUCUACGGCGUCGUCGCUUACACUGCGACUGCUACCGACAAAGCUGGUCGCAGCAUUCCUGCGCCUGGCCGUGGCGUUCUCAGCACUGCGCGUGAGGCAUCGUCCUCUUCGCCGUCGAUGCUUCUUGACCUCAAGUAUCGAAAGCGUCAGCUUGCCUUCCGUCGCGGUCAGAUCUCGCAAUGGCUCGAUAACGAGCUCAAUUGUCUCGAAAUGGAAAAGCAAGGCCGGUCUGGUGCAAACGCUGCACUCAGCACCGACGAUUUGUCGCAUCGCAUGACAGAGAUCGAGCGCGAAGCCAGUCGACAGGAAGCAGAAGCAGUGGCGACGUAUGGCAUGCUCGAAGGCGCCGACCCAAGUAUUGCACCGCUGCGUCGCGCUCUCGCUGUCUGGAACAUGACCAUCGAUGAUGUUGGCGUCGCAUCGCUGCAUGGUACAUCGACGAAGGCGAAUGACAAGAACGAGUCUGAAGUCUACAACAGUCAAUUCCAGCAUCUUGGUCGUACCGUGGGCAAUGCCUGCCCGGUCAUAUCGCAGAAGUGGCUCACAGGUCAUCCGAAGGGCGGCGCAGCUGCAUGGAUGCUCAACGGUCUCGCUCAGUCUAUCAACUCGGGCAUCAUCCCAGGCAACCGCAAUGCAGACAAUAUCGCGCCAGAGAUGCAAGCCUUUGAAUUCCUCGUCUAUCACUCCAAGUCCAUCCAAACAACAGGCAUCAAGUCAGGCUUGCUCACUUCAUUCGGCUUUGGUCAAGUUGGCGGUCAAUGCCUGGUGCUACACCCAGACUACUUGCUCGCUACCCUCGAUCAGUCACGCUACGAUGUCUACAAGACUGCCAAUGCUACGCGUAAGCAGCAAUCGUACAAGAAGUUCAACGACAUGUUCACCGAGCGCAACCUCGUUGUCCUCAAGGAAGCUCCGCCUUAUACGCCCGAUCUCGAGAAGGAGGUCUUGCUGAACCCACUGGCCCGUGUCGAGCCAACAAAGCUGGGCUCUUACGCCUUCACUGCAAAGUCUGUACGAGCAACGCUUGCCUCGCAAGUCGAAGGCGUUGACGCUGUCGGCACCGACGUGGAAGUCAUCGCCGAUUUCGCUGUCGACAAUGACACCUUCAUCGAGCGCAACUUCACGUCUGAUGAGAUUGCGUACUGCCAUGCAGCGCCUGACAGCAAAGCAUCCUUCACUGGUCGAUGGGCUGCAAAAGAAGCGGUUUUCAAAGCGAUGGGCGUAAAGGGCAAAGGCGCGGGCUCUGCGCUCAAGGACAUCGAGAUCAUCGCAAGCGAAACGGGUCCUCAGGUCAAGCUGACAGGCGACGCUGCGCUGGCAGCUAGCGAGCGAGGCUUUAAGACAUUCUCGGUCAGUAUCUCGCACACAGACGGCGUCGCCGUGAGCGUGGCCAUGGGUCAACGAUAG